UAAUUAGCCAUUUGUAAUUAGUGGUCACUCAGUGAGUAGCAGACUUUGACAAUGAAAGGGUUCGCUUUAAUUUUGUUGUGCGUUGCUGUGGCUGUGCAGGGUCGUAGCACUGGCGUGCAGACUGUAGCCAGCAACAAGGCCGUCGCUGCCCUAGGAGAGAACCCCUGGCUGGUGCACCUGCGGCUGGCCGUCGCCACCAGCGGUUUCCUCAACUCCUGCGCCGGCUCGCUCAUCAGCCAGUCCUGGGUGCUCACCACCGGCUCCUGUGUCGAGAAUGCCCGUUUCAUCUGGGUCCGUUACGGCGCCGUGAACGUGGUCAACCCGUCCCUGGUCACGGAGACGUCUGUGGUCCGCGUGUUCCCCGACUGGGCGCCUGGGCGCGUCGAGACAGAUGUCGCUCUCGUCAGCAUCAACCGCGUCGUGCAGUUCAAUGAGAACAUCGCCCCAGUAUCCCUCGCCAGCAGCCUAGAUCUGCCUGAAACCGCCAACUUCUGCGGCUUCGGAGCUUUGGAAGACGGUCCUGGUGAGGUCCUGAGCUGCUUCGACGUGACCCUGAGCGGUGCUGGCGAAAUCUCCUUCGUGGCACAGAGCGAGGAUGGCCAGACUACCCAGUUCGACAACGGAGCUCCCCUGGUAAGCGAUGGUGUGCAGAUCGGUAUCCUGGUGUCCGGAGAGAGCGGCACCUUCAUCAGCCCCGCCGUCUUCCGCGACUGGAUCCAGAUCAUCAUUGGAGAGACCCUUAGCGCUUAAAGAAAUUCAGCUAGCUACACACGCCUUGGACGGAGUAGCCGAGCUCUUCGUAGAGCGACACAUAUAGUUAUAACAUUAACAUCAAUAAAAGAUUUAAUUAAAUAAAA